AUGUGGUUCACGCACGAUUCUGAAGAGUCUCAAGCACACUCGCAGGCGACUGGCGGACACAGUGCCAAGCUGAGCCACGAGCUCCUUGCCGCUGCCGCGUCCUACGAGGCUGCCAAAGCGUACGAGAAACACGUUCAGAAGAACGGAAAACCCGCAAACCAUGCGAAGGCCGUGGAGCUGCUUGCGGCACUGACGGGUGGCUUUGUUGACCGCAUUGCAGAGACCAAGGGAAUGGACGCACUUGAUAAGGAAAAAGCCAAGCAUGCAGCACAUGAACGCGCUAAAGGGGCACUCGAGAAACAAGGAGAAUUUUGA